AUGGGAGGACGGCACGCCGCCACCACGCGGUGUCACACAUUUUUUUCUCGCUGUCGACACGUUUUCGCGGCAGCCUGUCGUCGGCCGCAGCAGCUGGAGGCGCCCGUCCGCGGCGGCAAUUUGUCUCAGCCGGUCCUUCUCUCUUCAGACAUGGUCAAGUCUGGGCACACGCCACUGCGUGUCUGGAUCCUUCGCGCGGCCGCCUUUGCCGUCGCCCAGGCCACCGGGGCUGCGAUCGGCCUUGGGGGUCCAACCUUCAUCGCUCUAGCAAUCCUAGCCAUCUUCACGUGCGGCACCGGACAGACAGCUUGGCGCUCCGGCGGCGCCUCCGCCUACUCGGUAUUCAACGGCGGCGAGCGGAUCGCAGGUACGCUGCACGCGGAGCAGCUGGACCAGCAGAUUCGGCACGGAGCGGUGCCGCGCGGCGCGAAAGCUCCCGAGGAGUCGGCCUUUGUUCGCACGGCGGUGCGCGGCUGGGGCGGUGGAAGCCAACAGGCGCCGGGAGCCACAUCAAGAGACGCCGCCGAUGGCGCGGGCGUCACGCAGCGGAGGGUGGCGGCCGCCAAGGCAGCCGAGGCGCGGGCGGCCGCAGCCGCGGCUAGGACUUGA